AUGGAUAUUAGCAUCGAAAUGGACAGGAAGGCAUUGACUGAGGACGGAACAGCUGUGGCGUGGGCCCCAAGGCCUGCUAACGGAGGGGACCUCAGGGGACCGCAACUCUAUUCAAUCACCGCCCACGUCCUCAGUCCCGAUCACCUGUCCUCCCUACCUGCCUGUCUAUCCGUCUGGGCUACUGGGCCACCUUAUAUCCUUAGGCUGCCAAGUAAAAAAACGGAAGAGGUUGGUUGGGAAGAGCAGCUGACGCAACGCAGGAGGCAGCCCAAGCAGAACGUGGCCGGCCACUCAGUGUCAGUACCCCGAGGAUCAGCUACCGACUUUGUACAGAGCGAUCCACCGAUCUGGACCAAAUAUCGCAGAGGACUGCGAAGGGAUCUAAUGAUCCUGCACUUGACGAGUGGGAGCUCUGCUAUUUUAUCUGCUAAGCCAUCACGUGGCCGAACCAGUGACUGA